CGCAGCCAAUCAGGAAACGCUCCGCUGCGCUGUCUUGGACUUUCCCUCCGUCGCAUAGCCUAUAUAACAACUGAUUUCCUCCUCGCCUUAAGCGCCGUUGGCUGAUCCCUGUCUCUGUUCUGCACUUAGUUUAGGUUUUACCUCCAACUAGCUAUGCUCCUAGUAGAGAGGCUGCCGCUGUAUGUCUUUGUUUUAUGCAAUGUGGCUGCGACCUUCGCCUCUCCCGACAAGAUGACAGCAGCCACAGUGUACUGGGACCCCCAGCAGAAGAGCGUCCUCGUGAAGGAGGGGGUGCUGGAGACAGCAGGGGAUGCAUAUGGUUACCUGAAUGAUACCCUGUCCAGUACAGGCUGGAGCAUCCUAGAGAUCCGUGCAGGGUACGGAAAGACCCCCGAGACUGAUGAGAUCACCUUCUUCCUGGCGGGCUACCUCGAAGGCUUCCUCUCUGCUCAGCAGAUGAUCAACCACUACGCCAACAUGUAUCCGCAGCUCAUCCAGGACCCAAAGAUCCUCGGCCCGGUUCAGAGUUUCAUGAAGAAGCAGGACUCAUGGACCAGAGAACAGGUGAAACUGAACAAGAGCUCCGACCCUCUGUGGAGACACGCGGGCUUCAUCGUGGCCCAGAUGGACGGAUUGCAAGCAGGAGUGGCAGACUGGGCCAAGAAGUACGGCAAAAAGCCGCUGUCCCUGUUUGACAUCCAGUUCCUAAAUGCAGUGGGAGACCUGCUGGAUCUGAUCCCAGCCUUGGUCCCUAGCUCCAACCCUCCGCUCAGAGACUUCAAACUUCCAGGGAUGGGACACUGCUCUGCCCUCAUCAAGAUGCUGCCCGGCUUUGAGAACCUCCUGUUUGCCCACUCCAGCUGGUACACAUACGCUGCCACAAUGCGUAUCUACAAACACUGGGACUUCCACAUCACUGACCCCAACACUGCCACUGGAAAACUGUCCUUCAGCAGCUACCCUGGUUUCCUGGUGUCUCUAGAUGAUUUCUACUUGUUGGGCAGCGGUCUGAUGAUGACUCAGACCACCAACAACGUCUUUAACUCCUCCCUUUUUGACACAAUCACCCCCAACAGCCUGCUGGCGUGGCAGAGGGUCAGGCUGGCUCACAGUUUGGCACACACAGGAGAAGAGUGGGCCAAAACCUUUGCAAUGCACAACUCUGGUACCUACAACAACCAGUACAUGGUGUUGGACCGGAGCAAAGUGAAGCUGGGCCAGAGUGUUGAUGAUGGUGCUUUGACUGUGGUGGAGCAGAUCCCAGGCCUGGUGGAAUACUCUGACCAGACACAGGCACUGCGUAGAGGUUACUGGCCUUCCUACAACAUUCCCUUCCACCAGAAGAUCUACAUGAUGAGCGGGUACGGUGAAAUGUGGAAGGAGUACGGAGAAGACUUCUCCUAUGAUCUUUGUCCCCGGGCCAAGAUCUUCCGUCGUGACCAGGCUGAUGUUAAGGACCUGAACUCUUUGAAGCACAUCAUGAGGUUCAACGACUACAAGAAGGAUCCGUACUCCAAGGGUGACCCCUGCAAGUCCAUCUGCUGCCGUAACGACCUGAGGGCAGAGAAGGCUUCACCAGGAGGUUGCUAUGACACUAAGGUAACAGAUUUCAACAUGGCUGGGGACUUCGGUGCGGAGGCGGUCAACGGGCCAACAACACAGGACGGUCUCCCGCCGUUUUAUUGGGAUAAAUUCAGCAGCAUCAGCCAUCAGGGCCUGCCACGAUACUACAACUUCACCUUUGUCAAAAUGCAGCCUGCUCUCUUUGAGCCAUGAGGAGCUUGUGUGUGUGUGUGUGUGUGUGUGUGUGUGUCUGUGUGUGUGUCUGUGUGUGUGUGUGUGUGUGUGUGUGUCUUUCAGAGCGAUGAAUGCCAAAAGUCAAAUGUACAAUCUGAUGUCUCUGUUGAGGUUUACGCAUAGUUUUUUACAAUGAUGAUUUUUAAACUAUUGCUGAAAAUGCAGAAUUGCGUCCCACCAAUACUUCAUACAAUAUAAAGCUUCCACCUUAUGAAAUGUAAAUGUUUUCAAACUGCCAAUCAUAUUUAAAAUCAGUAUUUUAUUACAAAUGUGUCUCAGGGUUAAAUUUUAUAUUAAUAAUUUUUUACCUGCAGUCAUUUGUGCCUUGAACAAUGAGAGUAACUACAUAAUUGUAUAAAAUGCAGAAUCAAUGCAGUAAAUCAGUUGUUAUUGCGUCCUUCCAGAUAGAUUUUCUGUCUCUUUUAUUUUGAUUUUCAUGCGUGCAAAUACUUUAGUUUUAAUGGUGAAUGAAACAAUCAGUGCAAUGUUAUACUCAGGGCUGUUGAUCCUCUCAAAUGAUUGAUAUGAUAGUGAUUUAUAUGCAUCUGUUUCUUGUGAAAGAGCAUCAGGUUUACAUUUUUGCAUAAGCCUGUAUUUCUUUGUGUGAUUUGUUUAUUAAAGUUUUA